GUUUAUUUAUUUUGCAUUUUUGUAGCAGGAAACAUGAAAACUGUUGCGUUCUGUGUACUCGUUUGGUUUCCACUGCUCGCAGAGUCAGCAGUAGUACCAUACAUUGAGCUCUCUUAUCCAUUUAACAAUGAGACCAUCUACUGGCCCACGGCAGAGAGUUUCAAACACAUCAAAGUUUUUGAAAACUUCACAACCGCCGGUUAUUACUACGCAUCAUAUGACAUCAGCGCCUCAGAACACGGAGGCACUCAUCUAGAUGCGCCGAGGCAUUUUGCUGAGGGAAAAUGGACAGCAGAUGAAAUUCCUCUGGAUCGGCUUAUUGGACCUGCAAUUAAGAUAGACAUAUCCACGAAAGCCGCCCAGAAUGCCGAUGCCCAAUUGACGCCUAGUGAUUUGCAAGCUUGGGAAGAGAAACACGGGAAGAUCCCGGAUGAUGUGAUAUUGCUGGUAUUUACCAACUGGGGAAGAUAUUGGCCUGACCGGAAAACGUAUCUGGGAACUGACACAAAAAACACCUCACUGCUACAUUUCCCAGGAAUACACCCUAACGCGUCUCGCUGGUUGGUUAACAAUCGUAAGAUUAAGUUGGUGGGGAUAGACACACCUUCCAUAGAUUACGGUCAAUCAAAGCUGUUUGAAACUCAUCAGAUUCUUUAUAAAGAGAACAUCCCUGGCCUGGAAAAUGUCGCCCACAUGGACAAGCUGCCAGUAAAAGGGUUCACAGUGUAUGCUGCACCGAUGUUCAUCGCCGGUGGAAGUGGUGGGCCGUGCAGAAUAUUCGCCCGCUUGGAUGAAGACGAAAAGAAAGAUUGCAUUGAGAGUGGCGCUAUCAGGUUCCAGGGCGAGGCUAUGUUUCUGGGAAUAACUUUGUCUUUGUUGUUCGGAUUCCUGUAGUGUUUUUAAACUUGAGGCAGACUUCGUCCCUCUUGUUUGCAACGUUGAUUUAAGCAUUGCCACGGUUACUGGUGUUAACGAAGCAAUCUGCUACUCCCUAAAUAGAUACGCUUAUCGAUCCAUUGAACAAUCGYGGCCUUUGGUUUAGUUGGUUUUUUAUUAUUACUAUCAUUUAUUUUUAAUUAAUAUUUUUUUUUGGAGUGCUGCCAAAUCAAUGUUAAGCGUAGGAGCCCCUCUGAUUUCACCGCCUACUUGCAAGAAACUAAGCUCGUAAGAAAUUAAGAAACUAACUACAACAAGCUUUUCACCCAGUUUAUCAUCCAAAUAAAAUCUCUGCACGAC